AUGGAAGAUGAAUAUGCAGCUCUUCAGGACAACCACACUUGGGACCUCAUCCCCCGCCCUGCCAAGGCUAACGUUGUUACUGGAAAAUGGAUUUUCAAGCACAAGUUCCAUGCAGAUGGCUCAUUGGAGAGAUACAAGGCUCGUUGGGUACUUUGGGGAUUCACUCAACGCCCCGGUGUUGACUACGAUGAAACCUUCAGCCCGAUUGUUAAGCCGGCCACUGUUCGCACAGUCAUCACGGUGGCACACUCUAGGGAUUGGCCGAUUCAUCAACUUGAUGUGAAGAACGCUUUCCUCCAUGGGACGCUCUCAGAAACACAAGCUCCGCGGGCCUUGUACAGUCGCUUUGCCUCUUUUCUGAUCUCACUGGGAUUCACUGAGGCCAAGUCGGACACUUCUCUCUUCAUAUUCAACCGUGGCACCGAGAAAGUCUACUUGCUGUUAUAUGUGGAUGACAUUGUGCUCACAGCCUCAUCUCAGCAGCUCCUGCACCGUGUCAUUGCUGCACUGAAAAAGGUGUUUGCCAUGAAGGAUCUUGGACCUCUACAUCACUUUCUUGGCAUUACUGUUCAGUGCCACAGGGAUUCUAUUCUUCUUUCACAGCGUCAGUACACUCUGGACAUACUUGCUCGCCUUGGCAUGAGUGACUGCAAGCCUUGCUCCACUCCAGUUGACACUUGUGCAAAAGUACCACCUGAUGCCGGCCCAUGUGUUGCUGAUCCCACUACUUAUCGCAGCCUUGUGGGUGCCCUCCAGUACCUCACCUUCACUCGGCCUGACAUUGCUUACGCCGUCCAACAAGUAUGCCUUCAUAUGCAUGAUCCGCGAGAGACUCACCUUGUCGCUGCCAAGCGGAUCCUUCGCUAUCUUCAGGGCACCCUCAGCCAUGGUCUGGUCAUUCCCCGAACAGCCCCAACACAGCUCCGUGUGUACACCGAUGCUGAUUGGGCCGGUUGUCCAGACACCCGCCGCUCCACCUCCGGCUACGCCGUCUACCUCGGGGGCAACCUGGUCUCCUGGUCAUCCAAGCGGCAGCCCACUGUCUCCCAAUCCAGUGCCGAAGCUGAAUACCGGGCUGUUGCUAACGGCGUCGCUGAAGCCACUUGGCUGCGGCAACUGCUCCAGGAACUUCACCAUCCCCUGGACUCCGCAUGCCUCAUCUACUGCGACAAUGUCAGCGCCUGCUACCUCUCCACCAACCCCGUUCAACAUCAGCGCACCAAGCAUGUGGAAAUCGAUCUCCACUUCGUCCGUGAACGUGUCGCCAUGGGUGCAGUCCGUGUCCUUCAUGUGCCCACCACGUCGUAG